AUGUUGCGCCAUUUCUUGCGGAUCGAAAUCGACAACGAUCUGCUUAUGGCAAUGGUGGAACGAUGGCGUCCCGAAACCCAUACGUUCCACCUUGCGGAGGGGGAAAUGACGAUCACCCUCAAAGAUGUGGCGAUCCUCACCGGGCUGCCUAUUUCUGGGGAUGCCAACAUUGGUUCCACGACCAAACCCGAAGGAGGUUGGGGGCCGCUCAUACGUGAUUGUUUGGGCUUUGACAUGCCGACCACCACACCAAUUCAAGGACGGGGGCAUCCACCGUUGAAUGCGGGCCAAGUGUCGGUCCCGUGGCUGGUAUCUCACAUCCAGCAAGAGGUGGAAAUCAAUGACGAGACACCAGAAGAACAAGUCGAGCGCUACGCCCGCAUCUACCUCAUCGGUUUGGUGGGUGGAUUUUUGUUCCCCGACAAGUCCAACCGGUGGAUUCAAGGCAUAUGGUUGCCAUUGCUCACUGGUGAAUGGGAUGCAAUUGGAGAGAAGAGUUGGGGAUCGGCCGUGCUAGCGGGCGUAUACCGGGAGCUGUGUACUUGCUCGAAAGUGGGGGCAAAGCAAGCUGGUGCUGCGAUGUUCAUCGUACAACUGUGGGUAUGGGAGCAUCUUCCAAUGUUCGCACCUCUCGACCCACGUCCAUACCGGAGAAACGAUGAUGAGCUAAACUUUCUGCAAAAUCUCCCCUACGGUGUCAAGUAA